GUUGGAUCCUAAUCCUUCAGGCUUGACUGCAUCAUCACGGACAUGUUGGCUUUGGACCUUGGAAAAUGCAAAAUGCUCCCUGGACUUUUUUUUGCUUGAUUUCAUGGACGGCGCGGACAGGUAAGACCAUCAGGUUCAUCAUGAGACUCCGUGGCGCUCCAGGAAGGUCAUAGCGUGUCGUUUCUGCUGCUGAGGCCUUCAAGCUCGUCGGAGCAUCGCUAACCCGCAUCAGGACCGGGACGUCUUCUACAGGAGGACAUCAUGAACGACCCCUAUCAGAACAACGUGAGCCAGCAACUGAGCGAAGGAGGCGAGUACACCUACGGCCAAGAUGGCGGCACUCAGGACGGGUACCCCUACCAGACGGACUACGCCCCCCAGGACGAGGACGCCGCCAGCGACGCCACCGAGGGCGCGGAUGACGACGACCAGAUGUACGAGGGUGAGUACCAGGGCAUCCCGCACCCAGAUGAGAUCAAGGAGGCCCGGCGGGCGGCUCGGCUGGAGGCCAAGAGGAAGGCCCGGCAGGCGGCCCGGGAGGAGGAAGAGGAGGACAACCUGCCCGAGCAGUACGAGAGCAUCAUGGAGGACUGCGGCCACGGACGCUUCCAGUGGAUGCUCUUCUUGGUGCUGGGCCUGGCGCUGAUGGCGGAUGGCGUGGACGGCUUCGUGGUGGGCUUCGUCAUGCCCAGCGCCGAGAAGGACAUGUGCAUCUCCAACGCUGACAAGGGCUUGCUGGGCCUGCUGGUGUACGUGGCCAUGAUGGUGGGCGCCUUCGUGUGGGGGGGUCUGUGCGACAAGAUGGGCCGCAGGAAGUGCCUGAUCUACGUCCUGAGCAUCGACCUGGUCUUCUCCUUCCUGUCGUGCUUCGCUCAGGGCUACGGCUUCUUCGUCUUCUUCAGGUUCUGCUCCGGCUUCGGGAUCGGCGGCUCCAUCCCCAUCGUGUACACCUACUUCACAGAGUUCCUGCAGAUGGACAAACGUGGCGAACAUCUGAGCUGGCUCUGCAUGUUCUGGAUGCUGGGGGGGCUGUACGCCUCCUUCACUGCCUGGGGAAUCAUCCCGCACUACGGUUGGGGCUUUGCCAUCGGCACGGAGUUCCAGAUGCACAGCUGGAGGCUCUUCAUCCUGGUGUGUCUCCUUCCCGCUAUGGCCGCGCUCGUCGGCGUCGUCUUCAUGCCGGAAAGUCCUCGGUUCCUCCUGGAGAGCGCUCGACACGACGAGGCGUGGAUGAUCCUGCGUCAAGUCCACGACACCAACUGGAAGGCCAAAGGCGAGCCGGAAAGGGUCUUCACUGUGACCAACAUCAAGACGCCGCAGACGCAGGAGGACGAGUUCAUCGAGAUCCAGAGCGACACGGGCACCGCCUUCCAGCGCUGGACCGUCAGACACCUGACCAUGCUGCAGCAGGUGAUGGCGAACGUGAUGUCGCUGUCGGCGGCGGAGCUGCGACUCCAGGGCCUCUUCCUGGUCAUCGUCUGGUUCUGUUUGGCUUUCAGCUACCACGGACUAGGAGUUUGGUUUCCUGACAUGAUCAAGUACAUGCAGUACGAGGAGUACGAGUCCAAAGUACGAGUUUUCCAUCGAGAACGCGUGGAACGUUUCCACUUCAACUUCUCGCUGGUCAACCAGGUGCACCGCGAGGGCGAGUACAUUCACGACAAGUUUGAAAACAUCGAGAUUAAGUCUGUGAAGUUUGAGGAGUCUUUGUUUGAGAACUGCUACUUUGAAGACAUCAAGUCCACCAACACCUUCUUCGAGAACUGCACCAUCAAAAACACCGUCUUCUACAACACAGACCUGUGGCAGGAGAAGUUCAAGAACUGCCGCCUGGAGAACACCACCUUCCUGCAUCCCAAGACAGGCUGCCACCUCAACUUCCAGGAGGAGAACGACAUCGUCAUCUACAUGGUCAGCUUCCUGGGCAGCUUGGCCGUGUUGCCCGGCAACAUCAUCUCCGCGCUCUUCAUGGACAAGAUCGGCAGAAUCCGAAUCAUAGGUGGUUCCAUGCUGGUGUCGUCUGCGUGUUCUUUCCUGCUCCUGCUGAGCUUCAGCCAAGGAGCGGUGAUAUGUUGGCAGUGUCUCUUCUACGGCGCCAGCGUGGCGGCCUGGAAUGGACUGGAGGUCAUCUCCGUGGAACUCUACCCCUCCUCCAAAAGGGGAACAGCAUUUGGCAUCCUGAACGGCGUCUGCAAGCUGGCGGCCAUCAUCGCCAGCUUCAUCUUUGCCGCGUUCGUGGGCGUCACAAAGAUCAUCCCCAUCUUUUUGGCCUUCUCUGCGCUCGUCUGCGGAGGUCUUCUGGCGCUCAAGCUGCCCGAGACCCGGGAGAAGAUCCUCUCUUGAAAAGCCAAACAGUCCCGCCGCCGCCGCAAAACCGCCGGGUCGCCAACCACGGCCGUGAGUCAUUUCAAGAAGCACAACUUUUACGGAGAGAAGGCGGAGCUGGAGGAGGAGGAACGGUGUGGAGAAGGUGUUGGUUAGAGGAUUGCUAUGUUUUACAAGACGUCCGCUUUCCUACGUGGACCUUCACUUCCUGUUCCUGUUGCCGCCCGCAUCGUACGUGAACAUGAAACUAGUGUUUUGUCCUUUUUCAGCAACAACACCAAGUGGCACACUUCCAAGAAUUGUCAAGAAUUAGCUGCACCAGAAUUGGGCCAUUUUUUGCUACGAUAAGAAAAGUGCGGCCAACGGAGAAAAGAAAACGAUGUCCUCCACUGUGGCCUUGGUUCGCUGGCUGCUAACACCGUCAGUAUGCUAAUCUCACUGACUUUCUUGACACCAGCAUAGCGGCGUGAGCUAAAGUGCUAACGUUACACUCACGUUUUAACUGCAACACUAAGCUAGGUUAGCCUAUUCUCGGAAGGAUCAAACGUUCGGUAGCCGACUGCUGGAUAUGUGGCAGUGCUUUAGUUUAAGAUGUGUAGCGAAGCCUGUGUUUUUUCGUUGGUGUAUUUUUUUAUAAAGCCGUGGGCGUCUAUGUGGGGCGAUUUUUUAGCCUGUAGUAACACAUAAAUGGAAGUGUGCCACUCGGUGGAAAGUGAGCUAGCAAAAGAAGCAAAUGUUUUUCCAAAAUAAAAGCGCUGCACUUGUGUCCUUUGUAUUGAUAUGAUAGCUUCUUUCCCGUUGACUUCAACGUGACCUCAUGGAAAGUUCUCUUUUGUCUUCCUGUUGUGUAAUGUAGUACUUUCUCUUUCUUUUCUGUGGUUUUGUUGUUGUUUUUCAAACAGGAACGACACUAUGGGUUGUUUUGCUACGACGCUCUCACACAACCUUCUUCUUCUUCUUCUGACAACGUGUGUCAACAUUUCUAAGGCGUGUGUUACUUUCUUGGCACGACCGAGUGUGUGUGUGUGGGGGUGUGUGUGUGUGUGUGUGUGUGUGUGUGUGUGUUGGUGUUGUACGUGCUGUAGCGUGCUGUGACGUAGCCGUAUGCUAGUAGCUGUCAUGACUUGAAUAAAGAGCAGGGAUCCGA